GAGCCACUGAGCUGACAGGCUGAGACAUCCAGAGAAGAAUUACAACGAUCGCCGUUUCUAUUUCUGCCCUCUUAUCAGGCAACAUUGUUCAUUUCAUCAUAUAGGGGAUAUUUUAAAGUCAUGGUUUCUCAGCCUUCCUCCCCCGUUUACUGGGAUGCCGGCGACAAACACUUGCAGUCUGUGGCUGGGUGAAGGACUUGAGAAACUCCCCGUCGAAGUCAGCGGACAGAGCAAGCGGUUUAACGGGAAAUGAAUGAAACCGGGGAACAUCAACCGGAGCUGAUCGAGCGAGUCGACAGCCUUAAGGGUUCAACUUCGACAAAAUCUGGGAUUGCUUUGAUGUACAAUGAGGAGACCAACAAUACCUAUGAUGUCUGCCUAAAACUGACCAAAGAGGUAUUAACCAUUCAGAAGAUGGAUGUGGUUUGCACAAGUGGAAGUGAACCCCAAGUAAAUCACAGAACUGUUGUACUACGAAGACAGGCUUCUGGCAGUCUGGGCUUAAGCAUCAAAGGAGGGGCAGAGCACAAAGUGCCUGUGGUUAUUUCAAAGAUUUUCAAAGAUCAAGUAGCCGAUCAGACUGGGAAGCUAUUCGUUGGGGAUGCUGUGUUGCAGGUCAAUGGCAUAAAUGUAGAGCCUUGUACUCAUGACGAAGUUGUUCACCUGCUGCGCACUGCUGGAGAUGAGGUCACCAUCACUGUUCGGUACCUGCGAGAAGUUCCAUCUUUCCUAAAAUUGCCUCUAGGUUCUCCUGGACUGUCCACUGAUCACAGCCGGGUGUCCUGUCCUCUUUAUGACAUGGGCCUACACUUAAAUGGAAAUGGAAACUGCAUAGCUUCAUCCCCUCCUUCGCCCUCAGCUAAUGAACCAAAGUAUGAGAAGCGCUGGCUGGAUGCCAUCUCCAUACCCUUGAUGAUAGCAAGAGUCUCGAGAUACAAAGCUGGCACAGAUAAAUUAAGGUCCAACUGUUUUGAAGUUUAUGUCUUGGAUGAAGACAGCACCAAUAUUCUUCAAUUUUGUUCUGCAGCAGAAAGCACUGACUGGCUUCAAGCAAUAUCUACUAAUAUCAAUGAGUUGAAACACGAGAAUAUACAAUUAAUCAACAAAUACUGCUCAUCAGAUGAUCAGAUUAUUCACAUGGGCUGGGCAUGUGAAAGCCCAGAGGGUAGCGCCGCCAGAAGAACCUUGACAUUCAAGUUCCUGGCGCUGAGAGGACCAUAUUUUCAUAUCUUCAGAAGACCACCGAUAAGUGCUGCUGACUGGGGACAAGCUGAAACAACAUAUAACCUCUACGAGGUACUUUUCAAAGUCCACAAGCUGUGGUUGGUAGAGGACUGCUGGCUCCAGGCUAGGCUCUACUUGGGGCUCGAGCAAUCCUCAGAGCAGCAGGACAAUGAGUCUCUUUGCUUCAGUAUCCUGGUCGGCCACGGCCAGAGCCACACCUUCAGGGUAGAGCUGGCCACUGACCUCGCUAUCUGGGAGAAGUCCUUCCAAAGAGCUGUCUUCUUGGAAGUGCAGCGAAUACAAUCCAAAAGCUACAUGUGUAGCAGCCAAGGGACCAUACUUUGCUUCACCAUAGAUUUUGGAUCAGGCUUCACCUGUUCAGAUGGCAGUUCAAAGACUGUACUGUGGCAAUAUAAGUUCUCCCAACUUAAAGGCUCCUCUGAUGAUGGGAAAACCAGGGUCAAACUUAUUUUCAAGAAUGCUGAAAGCAAGCAAAUAGAAAUGAAGGAACUAGAGUUUGCUAAUCUAACAGCCGUCCUUCACUGUAUACAUUCAUUCAUCGCCGCCAAAGUGGCCUCAAUGGACCCUCUCACUUCAGGCUGUCAAAUUUUCCCUGGAAAUAACAUGGAUGGUUGAAAGGACUCUUCCUUAACCUCAUGUUUAUACAGAUUUAUAUAUGUAAAUCUGCAUUUUGUGCACAGUGCCAAUGGCUAAGUAUAUCGUGUUCUUCCUAUUUUUGUAUGAACUUCUGAACAAUAAAUAUUUAUAGAAGACAGUAGAGAGGUACAUAGUGUAUGAAUCGUAAUGUUUUUCUAAAUGUAUGGACUUAUGGUUAUACUGUGUCUUCAACAUACCGCUACACCAACAUGUAGUGAA